GAGAGAGAGAGAGAGAGAGAGAGAGAGACGCGCUUUCGUAUAAAAGCAUGUUGUGACAUUGGAACAUUACUUCGACUUGGAACAUUCCGGCAACGUGCAGCGAUUGUUCGAGCUUCGCUGAGUGUUACUUCGCGAAAGACAUUACCCUUUUACCAGGCUUUUACCAGGUUUGCAAGAGAUUCGAUAUCUCGUGAGAGAAGCAGAGAGAGAAAGAGAGAGAGAGAUUAAUUUGCCUACGAUUCAUUCACGCGACAAAUCGCAGAAAAUGAUCUGAACUAUAUUAUUGAGAUUCAUUGAGAUCUCUUUGCUUCGCUGAUUACGCACGUUUGCGUAAUAAUAAAAAAGAAUGUUAAUUAACGCGAGAGUGUUUGUGGUCGUCGCAUUGGCAAUAUGCGUCGUGCGCGCCCGCAAUACCGAGAGUCGAGAUGCUUUUAAGGAGACCAGUGAUAAGAAGUACGGUGGCUCCAUGUUGGCUGAGAUAGCAAAGGAGUUCGUGCAAAGAUCGACGUCCAGCAGCCAGGUGCUCAAUUUAAAUCUAUCGAAUCUACUGCUACUUCUGGUACUUAAAGCGGUCGUAUUCGGCGCCAGCUAUCUAGGAAAUCACGGUUACAAGGGUCGUGAGCUACAGGAUGAGAACAUCGUGUCGGAGGGUGAGAUUGCGCUGGCUCUUGGAUAUCUAAUCGGAGAUACCUGCUUAUACAGAGCAGCUUGCGAAGAGCCGUACGUCGCGACGGAAUAUCUCGGAGCGGCGGAGAUGCUAUUGCAAACUAUGAAAUUGAUGCCACAAAGCUUGCCCGUGGAACACGAUUAUGAUAAGACGAUCACCGAGUUGCGGAAAGCAAUCGAGUAUGGAAGUGCUGAGCAAUGCCCGUCGGAAUAUAGUUGCAAGAAGGAAAAUAUAAAUAAUUUCUUCCAGAACGAAAAGAGAUAAUGUGAACAUUUGCACUGCGUUUGCAAAAUACCACAAUCUCGUGUAUUUCUUCAUUUUUCUAUUGAGCCGUAAAAAUAGCUGUUAGAAUAAAUUGUAAAUCUUUUUCCAAAAUUAUUAGUAUUGAUUUAUUUUCGGACGAAUUGGUAAUCACAUUAUAAAAGAACAGCUGAAUGUAAAAUAUGUCUCAUGAUCUUAAAAUAAAACAGAUAUUAUGUGAUAAAUGAG